CCGCUGGUCACCGCGGCCGGCUGGCGGCGCGGCGCCUUGCUUACUGGGUCUGGGUAUGAGUAUGCUAAUCGUAGGAAGAUUUAAAAUUUUAAACUCAUCAUACAACAGUCGCUUUGAGACCGCUGAUUUUCGACACGCUUCGAAAAAACCACCAAUUUUCACGAUGAAGUGAGAUCAGACCAUCAGUUAGUGGCUUGUGCGAGUGGAAUAUAGUUCGGUGUUCUUUUCUGUUCGUGAAAUUGAACACCAGUCUUCUACACAAAAGCCGAUCAUCAGUACCACUUGGGCUAGGCUCGAGAGUGGACGCAACUCUAUCACGAUGGAGUUAUCUUCGUGGGCGAAAUUUGUACUGAUUUUUGCGUACGGUGCGUUGUUUUGUCAAGCUUUGGAAGUUUCGACUCCAAAUGGAAAAAUUAUUGGGUUUGAUACGCUGAGGACGAGAGAUGGGAGAGUGAUUCACAGCUUCACAGGAAUCCCUUUCGCUAAACCUCCCGUUGGAUCUCUAAGGUUCAAGGAGCCACAACCACCACAACCAUGGAAAGAGCCACUCGAUGCUACGAAGAAUACAACCUUUUGUCCGCAAGUCGAUUUUGCCGACCCAACUAGGAGUAAAAUUAUUGGCCAGGAGGACUGCCUCGUACUCCAUGUGUACUCUCCUAAGGUGGACAAAUCGGCAAAACUCCCCGUCAUGGUCUUUAUUCACGGUGGGGGAUUCAUGAUGGGAGCCAGCGUCAUCCACGGGCCAGAUUUACUUCUGGAUAAAGAUGUUGUGUUGGUAACCAUCAACUAUAGACUGGGGCCUCUAGGGUUCGCGACCACUGGUGAUGAAGCUAUCCCUGCCAAUCUUGGGUUGAAGGACCAAGCUCUUGCGAUUAAAUGGGUUCACGACAAUAUCGAUAACUUCGGUGGAAACCCUGAUCUAGUAACCAUAUUUGGGGAAAGUGCUGGAGCUGCAAGCGUUCAUCUUAAUCUAUUGUCACCUCUAAACAAAGGUUUGAUUCAUAGGGGCAUUGCAAUGAGCGGAUCUGGAUAUUGUCCAUGGGCAAUCACGCCUUCUCAGACACUCAAAGAUAGGACGAAAGCACUGGCAGUUUUGUGCAGUUGUCCCCCUGAGCCCUCACACGAACUUCUUAAAUGCAUGCAGGAGGUUCCAGUUGAAUUAAUCAUAGAGAUGAGGGGUAGAUUCCAAGACUGGGCCGUUGGCGAUCUGUUUUUCACACCAACAAUUGAGUCCGAAACAGAGAAUGCUUUCCUUCCGAAAGAGUUAGAUAAAUUGGAGUCGGAAAUCCCUUUUGUGACAGGAAUAACCUCUGGCGAAGGAGGUCUCUUUGCUUCCGUGGUAUAUGCAGCUGGACAGCGAUUUGUGAACGAACUUAAAGAAAAUCCAGAGUAUGUUCUACCAAUAGUAAUGAUACUAAAGUCGGCAUUCCCAAGGGACAAACUUCCAAGCGUAGUAAAGAAAAUCCAGGGAUUUUACUUCGGAGAUAAACCCAUAGACCUGGAUUCUUCCACCGAAGCAGUUAUCAAUAUGAUCACGGACGGUUGGUUUCUAUACGGCGCUAUUGAGGCGGCAAGAAAGUACAAGGGAGACGCAUAUCUUUAUCUGUACGAUUACCAACACGCUGUCUCUAUGAAUUCUGUUUUUGGCAUUGAAAAAGUCAAAGGCGUAACACACUCAGAUGAUUUACUUAAUCUCUUCCCGCUAACGUUCUAUUUCCCGGAGAGAACAUGGACAGAGGCUGAUGUAAGAGUUUCAAGAAUGACUAUCGAUAUGGUAACUGAUUUUGCCAAAAAUGGGAAACCGAGCAUAAAAUUGGAGCCAAUAAAAAAAUCGGCAAAGACGCAGCAGUACCUGCAUAUAACGGCUGGAGAACCGACCGUGAAAGAGAAUCUCUAUUCGGAAAGAGUGGACUUCUGGCAGUCGUUGAUGAAUGUUCAAUCAGAGGAAACUGGAUCAUCGCGGCGAUCACGGGACGAAUUUAUUAUAUUUCAAGAGAAGGAAAACCCGAUUGCCAGUAUCUCUUGGGUUACACUCGAGCGUGAACGCGACUCUGUUAAGAUGGAGAUAUCAUUUUGGGCGAAAUUAGCACUGAUUUUUUCGUUUGGUGUGUUAAAGUGUUUUGCCCUGGAGGUUUUGAUUCCAAAUGGGAAGGUUAUUGGGUUUGAUACGCUGAGAACAAGAGAUGGCAGAGUGAUCCACAGCUUCACAGGAAUCCCUUUCGCUAAACCUCCGGUCGGACCUUUACGGUUCAAGGAGCCGCAACCAGCUGAGCCAUGGAAAGAGCCACUUGAUGCUACAAAUAAUGCAACAAUGUGUGCGCAAUUCGAUUUUGGCAAUCUAUCUAAUCCUAAUCUUCAAGGCCAAGAGGACUGUCUCGUUCUUCAUGUGUACUCUCCAAAGGUGGACAAGUCAGCAAGACUCCCAGUAAUGGUCUGGAUUCACGGUGGUGCAUUUCAGUACGGAGCUGCCUUCAUCUACGGGCCAGAUCUACUACUAGAUAAAGACGUUGUACUGGUCACUAUCAACUACAGAUUGGGAGCUCUUGGGUUCCUGAGCACUGGUGACGAAGUUAUCCCUGCCAAUCUUGGGUUGAAGGAUCAAGCUCUCGCGAUUAAAUGGGUCCACGAUAAUAUCGAGUACUUCGGCGGAAAUCCUGAUUUAGUAACCUUAUUUGGCGAGAGUGCCGGAGCUGGAAGUGCUCAUCUGAAUCUUUUGUCACCGCUAAACAAAGGUCUGAUUCAUAGAGUCAUAGCAAUGAGCGGAUCUGCAUAUUGUCCAUGGGCAACUAUACCUCCGCAGUUAGCUAAGGACAGAACCAAAGCACUGGCUGUAUUGUGCAGCUGUCCACCUGAGCCCUCACACGAACUUCGAAAAUGCAUGCAAACGGUUCCAGUUGAAUUACUCGUAGAGAUGGCCAGAAGGUUCCAAGACUGGGCAGUUAGCGAUCUUAUUUUUGUACCAACCAUCGAGUCCGAAACAAAAAAUGCUUUUCUUCCUAAAGAAUUAGAUAAGUUGGGGUUCAAAAUCCCUCUCAUGACAGGAAUAACCUCCGGCGAAGGAGGUAUCGCUGCUUCAUUCGUAUACAGGGCAGGACUUGAAAAUCAACUGAAGGAAAAUCCACAAAAUAUUUUACCGAGAGCUUUACUACUGAAGUCAAGAUUCCCGAGGGACAAACUUCCAAGCGUGGCCAAGCAAAUCCAGAAAUUUUACUUUGGCGAUAAGCCUUUGGACAUGAAUGCUUCAAUGGAAGAAGUCAUCAACAUGUUCACGGAUAGAUGGUUUCUACAUGGAGCCGUUGAAGCAGCCAAAAAGCACCACGGAGAUGCGUAUCUUUAUUUGUAUGAUCAUCUACACGCUGUUUCUUUCAAUGACAUUUUAGGUGGAGCAGGCAAAGUCAAAAGUGUAGCACACAUAGAUGAUCUACUCGAUAUUUUCCCGCUUCAGCUAUACUUCCCGGAGAGAACAUGGACCGAAGCUGAUGUUAAAGUCUCCAGAAAGUUUAUUGAUAUCGUAACUGAUUUUGCCAAAAAUGGAAAACUCACUGUUAUCGACUCGAAGUUGCAGCCAGUAAGCAAAACGGUACAGACGCACCAAUACCUACACAUCACGGCACAAGGGUUGACGGUUAAAGAAAAUCUCUAUUCAAAAAGAGUGAACUUUUGGCUGUCGUUGUUGGAUGGCAAAUUGGAAGAAACUGAAUCAUCAAGGCAUAUACGAGAUGAAUUUUGAUCACAGGGAUGAUUAGACGUAUUUCUGCCAAA